AUGGUGAUAAUCGAUGGGUACUGGUAUGAUACGAGCGAAAACCGAGAUCACAAUCUCCACCACCUGAACUGCUACAAAGAUGCCCUAACGUACUAUUCCAACGUGGUACAGUCCUUCGAUGGGCAAUUCCAGAAUCUGAAUUUCCAACUAUUCAUCGCCGGAAUGUUCAUAGCACUACUAGAGGAGGGUUUUAACCACGCUACCCUUGUUCAGCUUCGGGGACAUGAGCACGCGCGUGUCCUUGACACAAUUGCUCGUGUAAAAGAUGGUCAAUCAGAUACGGAGGAAGACGAGCCUGAUUGGGAACCCCAUCCCGAGCCAGACGAUUCCUUGGACGAUGACGAAGAGCGGGGUUUCUGGGACGAGAUCCCAAGAGACGGAGAAAGCGACUCGGACAUGCUGGGCUGGAGUUCUUCGGCGAACUCCAACGCGCCCGAACGGCCGAAUGCUCUGAGAAUAAAGAAAGCAAUCGGGUUCAGAAAACACCAAGACUACAUCGCCAAGGGAAGAGAAUUGACUCAUUGGCUCGACGAAGAACAAGCACAAGGCAAAGAGCAUCCCGUGGGAGAUAUCCACGGUAACUGGCUUAUCUACUCCAGUGUGAAUAUUGAAGCUCAGCAACAUGCUGGCAAUCAGACCGGAAAAGCAAACCUCCACCGCGGGCACUUUACGAUAGACGAUGGCCGUCCCAGUCGUCGUAGACCCCAUUUGAGGGGAAGUGAUCUCUGCAUCCCGUCCCCAUCGAAGCUACAAAGCUUGGGUUUCAGCAUAACCAUGCCAGACCUUCCGAACGUGGCAUCUUCGAAGAUGUACAUAAUUACCGCUACCAAAAUGUGCAGAAGUACAGCUACCAGUCUGAUGCCAGGGGGAGCCAUACAGUACAAGUUUGGAAUCCGCUUCCUAGGUAACGGCUAUCUGUCUCUGCAUAUACCGGCAUAUGUGAUCGGCUGCAAGGGUGAUAAGCUCAUCGUGUUCACCGGUGUCUCGCUUCAGAAGGAGAAGCACACUCGCGAUAUGGAAUGGACGAAAGUGGACAGUCGAUGGGUUUACCAAGGGCCAUACGAGGAGAAGAAUACGCCAUACGAAGAGGGUGACUCUGACUCUGGUGAGGGUUUCUGUUAUUACGAGCAUAAGGAAAUGCAGUGUAGCGAUGAGAAUUGUCCGAAGCAUAGUCGCAUGGAUGAGAGGGAGUGGUAG